UAUCAUCAUAGUUUGUUCAUCUUUACCACCUGGCAGUGUGAAGUUUCUGCUUAUUCCUUUACCAAUAUUUUUCUCUCUUCCCAGUUAAGUUUCUUGUAAAUUUAAAAUAUGAGUUGCAUAGAAUCAUGAAAUGCAAGGUGCAUGGUGCAAGGAGUGCCAUCAAAAUUUUUGGGGGAGCAUAGUUUGAGGUGUUUUUGAAUUUUUGAGAAGAGCACACUUCAAAGGGGUUAUGGAUUUUCGGAAUGAAAAGUUUCAGACUAAGAGACAAGAGGAAAACAUGGAACAUAUCGCAGUCAAGGUUUUGAUUGUCGUUAAUCGAAUAUGAAUCUGCUUGGUUUGAUCAGAGUCAUUUAUUCAUUGUUACUUAAUAAGAGCAAGCCCAACACUCAUCAAUUAUUGCCUGUUCCAUCUGCCUGGUAAUUGGAACAUUAAUAUGGCAGCCAGUUGAUAUUGCCGCUUUAUAUUUGAUUAUCGGCCUUGGUGGUGCAUCAGUUCAGUGGAGCCAUGAGGACCCAAGGAGCAAUCAGGGACUCCGAUGUCGUCGACGGCCUCAGUAUCGGCUACCUCAAGAUCUUUGGGGUCUGGGGAAUCAUCAAUGACUACAGGACAACAGGAAAGAAGAAUUUCAUUAUCAAGUUCAAAAUAUUUGUAACACUCCUACUCGCCGUGCCCUACAUUUUCUGCCAGAACCUGAGCUACUUUAUGAUUAGGGUAGACAUACAAAAGGCUACCUUUUUGAACUUGCACACUUUACCCGCUCUACAGAUGUGCUGUAAGAUUUUGAUUUUUUGGUUCCGAUUGGAUAGCCAGUCCAGACUGUACAGUUUGGCCAAGAAAGAUUUUAUUCAUGUGGCCGAAGACAAGAGAGAAGAAGCGGCAAAGAUUUUUAGGAAAAUAACGACCAAAGCCAAUCUGCUGUGCUAUUCAGCUUUCCUAGUAGAUCUGAGCAUCACUGCCUUCUCGAUAGCCGACCCCGGUAUAUCCGUGGACUACCUUCUCCAUGGAACUGGAAGCAUGACGGCGGUCGUCGGAGGUAGGCAGAAGAUAAUGGGGGGAUGGUACCCGCUUCCCAUGGCUAGCUGGCCCUACUACGAAGCAAUAUUUGUCUAUGAGUCGUUAUUGAUGAUCUGGUCUGGGGUCUUGUUGGCUCUCUACGUCAGCCUGUUCUAUCAAGUCCUCAUCUGCCUCCAUGCUCAGUUUACUGUUCUCAAUCUCCAAGUAUCGGCAAUAAAAAUCUUUCCUUCGAUCGAUGGUAACAGAAAAAAUACCUAUAACCGAGAUAUAUAUUCCUCAUUGAAUAAAGAACAAAUUUAUAGCUUUGUUAGAGAUCAUCAGAGAUUGUUGAGUUACGCCAACGAACUUCGGAGUGUAUACAAUCCGUUGGUAACAAUUAUUUUAGGAAUGGGUGUUUUCGUCUUGAUUAUUGGCGUUUUCCAAUUUCUGUUUGGAAAAGCGACUAAACCGAUGUUCAUAUUCAAAUUUAUGUUACUCCUGGCGUACCAAGGUAUUGAAGUCUCAAUGUUCUGCUUUGGGUCAUCGUCCCUUGAAACGGCCGUAAGUGCAGGAGAUGAAAGCUCAGACCUCCAGUUCGCUAUCUACAGCAGCGACUGGUACAAGGAGGAUAUCCAGUUUAGAAGGGCUGUCCAGAUGGUGAUGGUUGGCGCAAGGAAAGGUGUGACACUCACUGCUGUGCGGAUAUACCCUGUCAAUGUGGAGACCAUCAUGGCUGUAAGUUUAAAUGUUUUCUUAGAUUAUGCUAAUUUGGGAGGCAGGGAGGGCUUGAAGGCUCCUCUGGCCUGGGAAAGACCACCUACAGCCUAA